AUGUUUGAUGUUAAACAGCUUCCUCAAUUGUGGAACUGCUGGAAUCCUGAUAAAAGGUAUGGCAAUCCAUAUAUUUCAAGUAUAAUGUUGAAGACGAGGUGUUUGAAAAUAUCUCAGUAUUUGCAUUUAACUGAUUCUACUAAUGCCUCCAGCAAGAACGAUCUAAAGUACGAUCCCCUGUUCAAAGUACGUCCUGUAAUUGAUUUACUUGUUAAUAAUUAUGAAGCUGUGUAUCUACUGGGGAAAAAUCUCAGUGUAGAUGAAACCAUGAUAGGCUAUAAGGGCAGAGUACAUUUUUGGCAGUACAUGCCUGCCAAACCUACUAAAUGGGGGAUCAAGAUAUGGGAAGUUUGUGAAUCAGAGACUGGAUAUUGUGUAAACUUCGAUGUUUACAAGGGUAAAAAAUAUAAUGGAAACAAACUGCAUGGAUUGGGACAUGAUUUUAUAUGGGCUCUUACUGGACCAUUUCACCAUCAGCACCAACACCUCUAUUUUAACCGUUUUUUUUUCUUCAGUGGCUUUGGCAAAAAAUCCUGUGUAAGUACUUACACAUGCAGUACUGUUAUGGGGAGCUGUAAAGGUUUGUCCCGUGAAAUGAAAACAAAAUUUUAA